GCGGCCCAGGCGGAAACGGAAUUGGGGAGCAGAUCAUCAUGUUUCCAAACUACUUUCCUUUAGACAAAUAGAACAAUAAUAAACUAAUAUAUGUCCAUUGAUUUAGAAGAAAUAACUUGAUCCUCAAUUUCAUUUUGCAGGCUAGAAUAGUAGGUGGGACGGGCACUGAUGGGACACCUAUUAUUGCAGGGAUUGCAAAGUUCAUGGAUAUAUUAACUACUGGACUUGUUACAUCCCCAUUAUCUUGCAACACUAAAUUACAGUGAGUUUUUGAAGAUUGGGAAUUUGGGACCUCAUAUCUUAAAUUUGUUUCUGCAGUGAGUUGCUGAUCUGGAGACAAUCGAGAGUAGAGUGUUGAAGGCACAUCUCCAAUAUUCCUACACAAAAACACAAUGCACAUCAACUAACAGAAGUGCAAUACCCUCUCAUUUAUCAGCCUCAUCAAACUGUAUUGAAAGACACCAAACUGAACUGAAAGACAACAAACAUGCCAGCUCCCAUUUUAGAUUUUACCAAGUAUCAUAUGGACAAACAAUGAAGUUCAUUGCUGGAGACAACCUGACAAUUGAAGUUCUCCCAACACGCCCUACUCUGACAUGACAGAUGCAGAGUUUUGGAAUACUGGGCUGGAGAGAUCAGAGGCGCUGAAAAAUGAUCUGGAAUGGUUCAGGCAACAGGGCCACACAAUUCCAAAACCAUCGGCCCCUGGCACCACAUACGCUUCUCUACUGGAAGAUCUGUCUGAGGAGGACCCCCAGGCCUUUAUCUGCCAUUUCUAUAACGUGUACUUUGCUCAUACUGCUGGAGGCCGAAUGAUUGGCAAAAAGGUUUCCGAGAAGAUUCUGAACAACAAAGAGCUGGAGUUCUACAAGUGGGAGGGCAAUCUCUCCCAGCUGCUGCAGAACGUCCGCAACAAGCUUAACCAAGUCGCUUCGAGCUGGUCUCGGGAGGAGAAGGACCACUGCCUGGAGGAGACGGAGAAGUCGUUCUCUUACUCAGGAGGCCUCCUCCGCCAUAUAUUCACCUGAUCUAUCAUUGCCGGUUGAUCCAGUCUCAAACGCUGUAAAUACAUAGUCCUCUUGACUGUUAAAACUUUAUUACUGGUGAGGGGGAUCUCCUCCCCCAGGUACGGUUUACCUGCAUUCAAGUUGCCCAGUGUCUUACUUGA